AUGAGCUCCAUCAACAUCACUAACGUCACCGUCUUGGACAAUCCGGCGCCGUUCGUUAACCCUUUUCAAUUCGAGAUUUCUUACGAGUGCUUGACUUCUCUCAAAGACGAUUUGGAAUGGAAGCUUAUCUACGUAGGUUCAGCUGAAGAUGAAAGCUCUGAUCAGCUUCUGGAAAGUGUUCUCGUUGGGCCUGUUAAUGUUGGAAACUACCGAUUUGUGUUACAGGCUGAUUCUCCAGAUCCAUCAAAGAUCCGUGAGCAAGAUAUCAUUGGUGUAACUGUGCUACUGUUGACUUGCUCCUACAUGGAUCAAGAGUUUGUGAGAGUUGGCUAUUACGUGAACAAUGACUAUGAAGAUGAGCUGCUCAGGGAAGAGCCACCUACUAAGGUUUUGAUUGAUAAGGUCCAGAGGAACAUACUCACAGACAAACCUAGAGUCACUAAGUUCCCUAUCAACUUUCAUCCGGAGGACGAGCAGACCGUUGGUGACGACGGGCCUCCUCCUGCUGAGCUUGAUGAUUCUGAUGUAAAUGGAGAAGCUCAAGUGUUGGUUGAGCAGCCACAACAGCUCCAGGAGACAUGA